UCCUUUAUAUAGAAUAAUUUGCUUGGGUGUGGAAAUGCAUUACAACAAGACAUUACUUAAGCCUGUAUCAAUUAAUCAACCUACAUCAAGGGACUGGCAUAAAAUAAAGAAGUAGUUCUAAAAGACCAAAUUCACAAAAGGAUUUUAGCACAUGCUAAGUUUUAAAUGCUUGAAUUUUCAUACCCUAUUAAAUCUCUGCUUUAGAAAAGUUCUUAGGGAAGAUUUGGGAAGUGGAGGGAUAAGGAGAAGGUCCCUUCUGUGUUAGGGGGGAAGUAGGAAUGUAAUGUAAAUUAUUUCAUAGUUAAAAUGUUGGAUAAUUUUUUGUGCUCUACUGCCUAAAUUUCACCACCAGUGAAUAACACAAUGUUGCAGUUCUUCCUUCUAUCUUAUUUUGCAAUAUCUAUGAAGAGAAGAAUUUAUUUAAUGUCUUUCCUGGGCAACCUGGGGCUGUCCUUCUUACAUGGCUUGUUCUUGCCCUUGGCAUUUUUCCCACAGUCCUUAGGCUGCACUUCCAUAUUUUUGUCAUUCAGCCACACCCUGAAGAAAACUUAAAAUAGAGGAGUGCUUCAAUGUAGAGGCAGGCAGAGCAGGCUGUAAAUGCCUCCAUCUCUGUAGAGAUAAUAAAUAUAGAACAAGAAAUGAAAAGCAGAGCAUAGUGGGAACUCUAAAGUUUUCUGAAAAAUGACCUUUUACCUCCCACAGGAAUAUUCAGUAGGAGAAAAGAGAUGAAGCUGGGCAAGUAAAGUGGGUUUGCUCUGGAUUAUUACAUGCUAAUUACUUUGACAGCUGCUUCUGAAGCAACAUCUACAUUCAGGGCAUAUGCAGUCAUUCCACUCUGUCUGUCUCUGUAGAUCUAAUUCUGUCAGACUGAGUUAUAAUUCAAGAUCAAUGGGAGGAAGGGAGAAGUCUCUUUCAAGGAAAUGGUAGCCCUAGAUGAUACAAAAGUAAGAAAGAUCCUUACCAGAGCUAUUUAGGAAACUUGAAUGAACACUGCAGAUGGGAUGAGAAUCCCAUUAAAGGAUUAAAGGCUUUUCCACCUCUUGCUCCAUUUCCCUGCAUGUAUAUAUAAGAAGAAUACAUGCCUUAAAAAGAACAUUGUUCAUGUAUCAGUGUCACAUAUCAAGCAGUGGAAGAGAUUGUCAUUUAGUGACUUUGACAAUGACCAGAUUUCUAUAUAAGUAAAUUGAAAAUAGAUCUUGUUACUUUCAAAUAAUUUUAAGAUCAAUUAAUUCCUUACCUUUUUUAUGUUGCUGACUCACUGAUUAUUUGAGUCAUUAUGGGCUAAGUCAUGAGGUGUGAUUAGGUCUGCCAUAUAGCCAGGCUUUCCCAGGCAUGUUGUCCUACGUCCAGACAGAAUAAGAGGAAUGUGAUUAAUUAUUCAUGCUUGUCACAAAGCCUUGUGAGAGGUGCUACCCUUCCUUCCCUUCCCCCAUAGGGGUGCAAUCCCUGUGGAGUUGUCUACCACCAGAAUGGGGCAGAGUGACUGAGCCCAAGCCUGCCAGCUCUGCAGAGCCAGUGCUGCUACCCCAGGCCAUCUAGGCAUGCCAGAGCCACCACAGGAGUGCCUUGUAGCUUCUGGACAGAAACCCAGGAGCCCUACAGGCAGCAAGAACCCAUUUUAGUCAGUAAUAAUCAGGAACCAUCAGAGACUAUCAAGGUCUCACAGGGUUGACUGCUUGGGCUGGUUUUUUUCCUCUGCAUGUUAUGUCUCUAUGUGUAUUAAAUUCUUCCUAUUUUACCUACAAGACAUAGAAAAAUCUCUUUCAGAUUGACUGGUGAUGUAAUAGAGAUGGAAAUAAUAGGGGUUUUAUACAACUGGUAUUCUUUCAUAUGUUGCAGACAUUUUCACAUCCAGAGAGCUCUUAAAGAAGCAAUAGGGAGGCUCAUUUUACAGCCCAGAGCACCAAGGGGAUCUUAUGUCUCUCCUAAUAAUAUUAUGGAGUUUACGUCUCCUCACUGUUCUUCUAAGUUACUGACCAUUUUGAAACUUCAAACUUUUCUAAAUAAAAAAUUAAACUGUUUUCUGACAUUUAAUUGCUUCCCAUGUGCUUGGUGUUGCUGGGAAAAGAAACCCCACUUUUAACAUAAACAACUGCUUUUUAAGAAGUGAGGUUUGUUUUUUAUUAAAAUACAGUCUUAAACUGCAUAUAGGCUAAUGCUUUUCCUUUGCCUUUAUAUCACUCCCUUAUUGCGUGUUAGGCUGACCCCAGUUUUAAGAGAAUCACUUGGUUAGUUCUAAAUAUAGCACUGCAUCUGCCCUUAAAUAGGAGUGAAGGGGCAGUAGCCUUUAGAGAGGGGAAUUAUUUGUUUUCCUUGGGCAGGGUUUGCUAAGCUGAGAAAGGCUGGUCUACCUCUCUGCUUUGCAGUUUUUCUAUAUCCCUUGGAAUUGCUGGUUGUCACAGAGGAAUUAUGUCUUCAGUAGCAGUGCCAUUUUACCAGAGGAGGCACAAGCACUUUGAUCAGUCCUAUCGCAACAUUCAGACAAGAUAUGUGCUUGAGGAAUAUGCAGCAAGAAAGGCUGCUUCCAGGCAGGCUGCUUAUUAUGAAUCUUCUGGCUUGGGCAAAACGACGUGUAGGCUCUGUGCCAGGAGGGCACGCACCUUGGCGCAUGAAGCGAUGCAGGAAUCCAGGAAAAGAACUCAUGAGCAAAAGUCUCAUGUAAGUGAUGAGAAAAGAAUCCGUUUUGCCAGUGAGUUGUCUGCUUUGGAAAAAGAGAUUCACACAGCCAGACACCGUGCUCGAGAGCAUCUGGAUAGGCUUGCUGUGCAAAGAAUGGUAGAGGAAAAUAUGGCUCUGGAAAGACAUAUCAUUGAAGAAAGAAUAAGUCGAGCCCCUGAAAUUCUAGUGCGCCUGAGGUCUCACACCGUCUGGGAAAAGAUGUCUGUGAGCCUUUGCUUUACUGUACAAGGAUUUCCAACCCCUGUUGUACAAUGGUACAAAAAUGAAGAACUGAUUUCUCCUGCAAGUGAUCCAACGAAGUACAGAAUUGAAAGCAAAUAUGGAGUGCAUGUGUUACAUAUAAACAGAGCUGAUUUUGAUGAUUCUGCAACCUAUUCAGCAGUUGCAACAAAUGUCCAUGGUCAGGCAUCAACUAAUUGUGCUGUGAUUGUGCGAAGGUUCAGAGAGGAUGAAGAGCCUCACCCAGCUGGGAUAAUGCCCUUCCACUUGCCCCUGUCAUAUGAUGUUUGCUUCACCCACAUUGAUGUCCAGUUUCUGGAGAAGUUUGGAGUCACUUUUGCAACUGAAGGCGAAACACUGACCUUGAAGUGUUCUAUGUUGAUCACGCCAGAGCUGAAAAGACUCCGACCUCGUGCUGAGUGGUAUAGAGAUGAUGUGCUGAUAAAGGACUCCAAGUGGACAAAGCUGUAUUUUGGAGAAGGACAGGCAGCUCUUUCCUUUACUCAUCUGAACAAAGAUGAUGAAGGUUUAUACACCCUGCGCAUGGUUUCGAGAGGUGGAAUCAGUGAAUGCAGUGCAUACCUGUUUGUAAGAGAUGCUGAUGCAUUGAUCGCAGGAGCACCAGGGGCACCAAUGGAUGUUAAAUGUCAUGAUGCCAACAGAGACUAUGUUAUUGUUACCUGGAAACCACCAAAUACAACCAGUGAGAGCCCUGUUAUUGGAUAUUUUGUUGACAAAUGUGAAGUAGGUUUGGAAAACUGGGUCCAGUGCAAUGAUGCUCCAGUAAAAGUCUGCAAGUAUCCUGUGACUGGUCUUCAAGAGGGGCAUUCUUACAUAUUCCGUGUGAGAGCCGUGAACAGUGCUGGCAUUAGCCGGCCCUCUCGCGCCUCGGAACCGGUUGCAGCGCUUGACCCUCUUGACCUGGAGAGAACACAAACUGUUCAUGUGGAUGAAGGGAGAAAGAUUGUGAUCAGUAAGGAUGACCUUGAAGGGGAUGUUCAGAUUCCAGGCCCUCCCACCAAUGUACAUGCUUCAGAAAUCAGCAAAACAUAUGUUGUACUCAGCUGGGAUCCACCUGUUCCCCGUGGCAGGGAGCCACUGACGUAUUUCAUUGAGAAGUCCAUGGUUGGCAGUGGAAGUUGGCAAAGAGUCAAUGCACAGGUUGCAGUAAAAUCUCCUCGCUAUGCAGUGUUUGACCUUGCAGAAGGAAAACCGUAUGUUUUCCGAGUGUUGUCAGCAAACAAAAAUGGCAUCAGUGAUCCAUCUGAAAUCACAGAACCUAUUCAACCACAAGAUACUAUUGUUUUGCCAUCUGCACCUGGUCAGGUGGUGGCCACAAGGAAUACAAAAACAUCAGUUGUAGUUCAAUGGGAUAAACCAAAACAUGAAGAGGAUUUAUAUGGCUACUACAUUGAGUAUUCUGUGGUGGGAUCAAAUCGCUGGGAACCCAGUAACCAUAAACCUAUUAAAUAUAACAGGUUUGUUGUUCAUGGUUUGGAAACUGGAGAGCAAUAUGUGUUCCGUGUGAAAGCUGCCAAUGCUCUAGGAUUGAGUGAAAACUCGCAGGAGUCAGAGGCUGUAACAGUGCAGGCAGCCCUUAGAGGAAGUGUGUCUCAUAUGGCUUGUCCUUCAUAUCCUCAUGGUAUCACUCUUCUAAACUGUGAUGGGCAUUCAAUGACCCUUGGCUGGAAAGCACCAACAUACAGUGGAGGUUCACCAAUCCUUGGUUAUUAUAUGGAUAAACGGGAAGCUAACCAUCAAAACUGGCAUGAAGUCAAUUCUUCCCUUAUUACCCGGACAAUUUAUACGGUAGAGGAUUUGACUGAAGAUGCCUUCUACGAAUUCAAAGUUGCUGCUGCAAAUCUGGUUGGAAUAGGUCAACCUUCAGAUCCCAGUGAGCAUUUCAAGUGUAAAGCCUGGACUAUGCCAGAACCUGGUCCUGCCUACGAUCUCAUGAUAUGUGAAGUCAGAAAUACAUCACUAGUUCUUCUUUGGAAAGCUCCUGUGUAUGAAGGCAAAAGCCCUAUUUCUGGGUACUUAGUGGACUAUAAAGAAGUAGAUACAGAAGACUGGAUCACUGCUAAUGAAAAACCUACCUCAAAGCGCUAUUUUAAGGUCACUGAUUUACACCAGGGUCAUACCUAUGUUUUUAAAGUUCGUGCGGUGAAUGAUGCUGGGGUAGGCAAAUCAUCUGAGAUAUCUGAACCAGUGCUUGUUGAGGAACGGCCAGGAACAAAAGAAAUCUAUUCAGGUGUGGAUGAUGAGGGUAAUAUUUACCUGGCUUUUGAGUGCAAAGAAGCAACAGAUGCAUCUCAUUUUGCAUGGGGUAAAUCUUAUGAGGAGAUUGAUGAUUCUCAUAAGUUUAAGAUUGAAACAGAAGGAAAUCAUUCUAAGCUGUACUUCAAAAAUCCUGAUAAAUCAGACUUGGGAACUUACUCUAUCUCAGUUAGUGACACAGAUGGGGUUUCCUCCAGCUUCGUUAUGGAUGAUGAAGAGUUUGAACGUUUGAUGGCAUUAAGCUACGAAAUAAAGAAUCCAACAAUACCACUGAAAUCAGAAUUAGCUUAUGAGGUUCUUGAUAAAGGAGAAGUUCGCUUCUGGAUUCAGGCUGAAAGCUUAUCUCCAGAUUCUACAUUCAGAUUUGUUAUUAAUGAUAGAGAAGUCGAAAACAGUGACAGACAUAAAAUAAAUUGUGACCGUUCAAAUGGCAUUAUAGAAAUGGUGAUGGAAAAAUUUACAAUUGACAACGAAGGUACCUACACAGUACAGAUUCAGGAUGGAAAGGCCAAAAACCAGUCCUCAUUAGUUCUCAUUGGAGAUGCAUUCAAGGGAGUAUUGGCUGAGUCUGAGCUCCAAAGAAAGGAAUUUCUCAGAAAACAAGGUCCUCACUUCUCAGAGUUUUUGUAUUGGAAAGUUACAGAGGAAUGUGAAGUUUUACUUUCUUGUAAGGUUGCAAACACAAAGAAGGAAACUGAUUUUAAGUGGUAUAAGGAUGGUUCUGGGGUGGAUGUUGAGGAGCUGCCUGAUCUGCAGAAGGGAGAAUGUCACCUCAGCAUUCCCAAGCUGUCUCGCAAAGAUGAAGGAGUUUAUAAGGCGACACUAUCAGAUGAUAGAGGUCAUGAUGUAUCUUCUCUUGAAUUAUCGGGAAAAGUUUAUGAUGAUAUAAUUCUGGCAUUGAGUGGAAUGAGUGGUAAGUCAGCCUCUCCACUGAAGAUUCUUUGCACUGAGGAAGGAAUAAGGCUCCAGUGUUUCUUGAAAUACUACAAUGAAGAAAUGAAAGUCAGCUGGUGCCACAGGGAGUCUAAGAUUUCUUCUGGUGAAAAGAUGAAGAUUGGAGGUGGAGAGGAUGUUGCCUGGUUGCAGAUCAGUGAACCCACCGAAAAGGAUAAGGGAAACUACACCUUUGAAAUCUUUGGUAGCAAGGAAUCCUACAAACGCACACUUGAUCUGUCUGGGCAAGCUUUUGAUGAUGCGUAUGCAGAGUUCCAGCGACUCAAGGCAGCUGCUUUUGCUGAGAAGAAUCGUGGCAAAGUCAUUGGUGGUUUGCCUGAUGUCGUUACUAUAAUGGAUGGGAAGACACUGAAUCUGACCUGUACUGUAUUUGGAAACCCUGACCCUGAAGUGGUUUGGUUCAAGAAUGACAAGGCCUUUGAAAUUGAUGAGCAUUAUGCAUUUUCACUGGAACAAGGGAAAUACGCCAGUUUAACCAUCAAGGGGGUGACUUCAGAAGAUUCAGGCAAAUAUAGCAUCCAUGUCAAGAACAAGUAUGGUGGGGAAACAGUGGAUGUCACUGUAAGUGUGUACAGACAUGGUGAAAAAAUGCCUGAAAUUAAGCCUGGCCAACUUGCUAAACCCAGGCCAAUACCACCAUCAGAAGAAGUCCUCAAACCUGAGGACAAGUGAAGAUCCUGUAACAAGUGGAGCUUCACCCUGUGCUUGGCAAACGAAGUAGAAUACAUGAGCUGUAUUUGCGCUAGUGCCACACAAAAUAAUUGGUAAUGUCCAAAGGGAAACUGUGUUUUUAAGUUUGCUUAGGGAGAUAGCUGUGCUGUGGUGCUGUACACAUCUGCAACAGUCUCAUAUUGAAUGCAUAUAAUAGAGUAGCACUUUCAAACAGUGAAAAGUCAAAUUCCUGCAGGAGGUUCCCAUAUACAAUGGCAAGUUUCAAAAACCUAUAAACAUAGAGUAAACUUUCAUUUUCACACUUCUCAAUCCUCUGCAAAAUAACCCAAAGUCCAAGCAAUCCAACAAGCCUCUGAGAACAAACAUCCCAUCAGUGAAGGUAAUGAACUGCAGUUAGAUAGAUAUUCAGAGAUGGUCCUUUUGGCUUUGAAGCCCUUGAUCCUGUGAGUUUAGUGAAAGUCUUGCUUUAGUAGUGAUACUCUUGGUCCAUCAAUAGUAUGACUUUAGUAGACUUUUACAAAUGUUCACUCUUUAUUCACUGAACCAGAUGUCACGUGGUUGUAUUUUGUUUUUCCUGCUUUGUGCUAAUAAAACUUUAAAUGUCUUUUGCUACUCCCUGCUCCAAAUCAUGCCUAACUAGUUCUAUUUACUCUUCUUCAUUGUUUAAUUAUUGCUUAUUGCACAAUUUCACAGCUGGUAGCAUGCAAACUAUUGACUUUCAAUAAAGAAUGCAAAUUAUGGUUAA